ACGGCGUGUCGGAUGUGUCGAAGCAGUCGCGGGCGUUGACGGGAGUGGUGACCAAACUGCUGGACAACUUCGGCUUCAUCGACGACAGCGUCUUCUUUCAGUUGAGGUAAUGAUUGGUUUGACGGAAGGCUCUCUUUGGGGCACUUCUGGCCAGUUAUGUAACAAUAGACUCAUAUUUUGAUGAAAAGCUAAUAAAAUGAGUGAUUAAUGAAUAAAAUUCAAUAAACUGUUGAAUAAUUGAAUGGUUGGACACUUGACUACCAGUGCGGUGAAGGGCGAGGAGGUGUUGGUGGGCGAUAAGGUGUACUGCGAGUGCUCUUAUUCGGAUCACUUGCCCUUCAAGUGGAACGCCACGAAAGUCCAUUUGGUCCACACCGGAGGCCAAAGACAGCCUCAACCCAUCCCUCCGCAGACGACGGCCCAGACAUCGGCUCCAGUGGUGGCCACCACUUACCUCCAGCAUCGGCUCCAACAGCAGCAGCAGUCACGCGGCGACGAGUCCGCGAUGGGCAGCACUUCUCAGAACUACUACUCGAGUCAAUCGGUUUCGGGCGCCUCCUAUGCCUCCCAACAGUCGUUUGACUUCUCGAAAGCACAGCAGGCGGUGGCCGCAGCCCAACAGUUGGCCAGUUAUUACGGCGGCGGCCAACGCAACGAUAACAACACCAAUAGCUUCAGUCAAUUGCAAUACACUUCGACUCCAGGUUCGGCUUUCGUUUCCUCCGCUCUUCCCUUCACUCAACAGAUCCAACAGAAUCUGUUGUCCACUCAGUCGCGAACCGCCACACAAAACAACUACAAGUCCAGUGCCUCGCGUUGGGAACGGGAUGAGAGACCCAAUCGCUCGGAGGACAGGUUCCGCGCGCGAGACGGCGGCGACCGUCCCGCGCGUCUCAAUGACGCCAACCGUAAGAGAACGGAUUCGCGCGAUCGCACGGCCGGUCCCAAAGAGGGAAGGGAUGAGUUCGGGCGCGACCUCCGCGGCGGCGAUAAAAGCAAAGACAAGGAGAGGGAGAGAGAGCGCGAAAAGAUUGAACGCGAGAGAGAGCGUCGGCUGAAGCGCUCGGAGUCUCCGAACAGCAUAAGCAGUCAGAACGUCGUCCGGACGCCCAGACGGCGCUACGAACCCCUCAAUAUACCCAAACUCGCGAUCCUCAAGAGUCCGCUCAAUGUCUAUGACAUAAAACAGCGAUAUUCGGCGAACCUUCACGUGCCCUCUGACCUCAAAGAAGUUGUCGUUAACUCCAACUUCAUUCUCAACAUCAAUGAUAUCCCAAAACCGGUCACUUUUAGAGUGAUUGAAGUGAAAGACGAGAGUAAGGCUAAGGCAGCGAAAGAGUCUCCGAAAAAGACUGAUUCCCCCAAAGAGAGCAAAGAGAAGGCGAGUAAAGAAGGAGAUAAGAGUGAGACCAUAACUGUAGAAGAGACGGCCGAAGAGGAGAACAAGAGUGAGACCAAAGAAGUCGAAGAAACGAGCGCUAAGACUGAGAAGAUAGAAAGCAAAGAGAAGGUAUCCGUUGAACAUCCCAUCGUCUCUUCAAAGCAAACGUACAAAUAUGGCGUCAAAGUCCUCAUCAUUUCAUUGCCGUCGUUGAGCGAUAUAUACGACCGUAUCUUUGGCUCUGAUUUCGACGCCAUUAGUACCGGAAGUAAAUCAUAUUUCUUGCAUUUCAACAAACUUUUGGCGUUUUUGGUGUCAAGAAAUUCAAACGACGGCUUCUCUCUUAUUGGCGGCAAAUUCAGCGCCCAAUUGGAUGGAUAUCUACCCGACUCUGAAGAGCCAAAUCUGAUCGCAACGGCUAUUCGUAUAGUCGGAGAACAAACGGGAAUGAAUUUAUCGAAAUGUGGGAAAUGGAGAUUAAUCGCCACUUUUAUUUACAACCGCGACAAUUCUGUCGACCCAAUGACCCCUUACCUGGAAGUGAAUCGCGUGUAUAUGCCUGACGUGUGGUCCGCUUUCGAUGGCAUUUACGAGUCCUUAAAACAGACGACAUCUGCGAAUGAUUUAGAGAAUGAUAAUCAAUUUGAAACUACGCUGUCGUCGAUGAAGCCGAAGUUGUCCAGCAGUUUGGUCACCACUCCCGUCAACGCCCGCGACUGCUUCGACACAUCCGACACGCCGUCUGACACGACAACCAAUGGUGUUAUUCUCGCACUGAAACACAUUCACCGCAUACUCACGACUCUGGUUCUGACCGGUGGACAGCAUUUGCAACGAGAGAUGUCUUCAACACGUCUUCGAGUAAUCAACGGAUCAGUGGAUCAAUGA